UAUUAUUGUAGUUGUUGGUAAUGUUGCUUACUGUUAUCAGUUCUACUUGUAGGACACAGCGGACAUAUUCAUUGCUAUUUAUUCUACGAUUUUGAUUUUACGAACGUCAUGUCUUUUCAAGGCUCUUAUUUAACAGCAGCAGUUGCUACUGCAAGCGUCAUCGGGGGCGCGUAUUGUGCCUAUAGCAUGUACCGAGUGUAUCAGAAACCGCAAUUACCAACCGUAUGGAACGAAGUUGGGACUUUGAAAGAUCUCUAUGUGUACCCAAUUAAAUCUUGUGGUCCGAUCAUACUUAGUAAAGCGGAAUGUACAAUUUUAGGACUGAAAGACGGCUGGUUGCGAGAUCGAGUUCUUAUGGUCGUUGACGAUAAAAACAACUUUAUAACUGCCAGAGCGUACCCUGAAUUAUUGCUCGUCCAACCAAAGGUCAAGAGUUCAAUUCUUACAUUGAAUUGCAAUGGUAUGGAAUCUAUUGACAUCAACUUGGCUGAGGUAAUAGCGCUACAAACACCAAAGCCGGCUACAGUAUGGGGCGUUACGGUUCCGGUGCACGAUUGUGGUUGGGAAGCAAGCGAAUGGUUUUCAAGGCUGCUUAAUAAAACAGCAACUAGCUUCAGACUCGUUUACUACGCCUCGCAAAACAGUCGCGAAUUGAGAGGAUCAACGAACAAAUUCUAUAAAUUCACAAAGAAUGAUACGGGUGCAUUACCAGAUGAAGUACCUUUUAAUUUAAUAAACCAAGCUUCAGUCGACGAUCUCAAUACGAGGCUAGAUGGCUGUCAAGUGACUCCGCGCAACUUUAGGCCAAACUUCGUACUCACUGGCGCUAAGCCCUACGACGAAGACGCUUGGAAGUUUGUCAAAAUCGGCGAUAAUAUUUUCGAAAUUAUCAAACCUUGUACCAGAUGUAUCCUAACAACGAUUGAUCCAGAAACCGGCGUGCGAAAUGCAAAAACAGAGCCUCUGGAAACAUUAAAAAACUACCGUCAAAUCGAAGAUCCACGAGUUCGUAAAUCAGCUGGCAACUCGCCACGCAUGGGCCUGCAGAUCUCGCUGCGCUCUGGACCUGGUGGCAUUAUUUCACUGAACGACACAAUAUAUGCUGCAUAAAUCUAAUAUUUCAUUAACAUUUUUUUAAUAUUUUUUUGCUUUUAUACAUUAUUAAUACUUGUUUAUUUUAUUUUAUGAAUUAGUAAUAAUAAAACAUUAAUUAUAAAGACUUA